AUGGCGACCCACCAAACAGCCAAAACACAAUACGUCUCGACGCCGCGCGGCACCAAGUUCGCGUACCGGCGGCUGGGCACAAGCGGGGGCACGCCGCUAGUCGUCCUAACACACUUUCGCGGCGUCAUGGACAAACUGGACCCGGAGCUGGUCAACGCGCUAGCAGCACAGCGGGCGGUCGUGCUGGUCGACUACGCGGGCGUGGGUCUGAGCACGGGGGCCGUGGCGACCACGGUGCGGCAGGCGGCCGACGACGUGGCCGAGUUCCUUGGGCUGGUCGGCGCGCGCGAGGUCGACGUGCUGGGCUUCAGUCUCGGCGGCUACGUCGCGCAGCUGCUCGCGCUCAACACCGGCAGUGACGCUGCGGGUGUGCGCUGGUGGGCCCGCGUCCACGAGCGCUCGCGCGCCACGUCGGGCGAGGAGCCGGCUGCCUGGCUCAGCGAGGGAUAUGUUGAUGGCGCUGCCGGCCUCAAGGCGCAGGUCGCGCAGAUCGCGGGGUACGCGGCGCCGGAGACGAGCCAGGGGCUGGAUGGCUCAUAUGAGCGGCUGCCCGAACUGGGGAUUCCCGUCUUGGUGGUGAAUGGACAUGACGACUACAUGAUCCCGACCGCCAACAGCUUCGUGCUGCAGCAGCGCCUGCCCAACGCGCAGCUCGUCGUAUACCCCGAUAGCGGCCACGGCGCGCUCUUUCAGUAUGCGUCGCUCUUUGCCAAGCACGCUGUCCUGUUUCUCGAGGCUUGA